AUGUUAAGACAAGUUUUUUUAAGUGUUCUGUUGAUGAGUGCGCUCAGCAGCAGUUUGCCGGCAUCGCAGUACAACCAUCCCAAUGAAACGAUGGGGAAGCCCACUUUCGGACGCUGCAUCACCCCAAAUGGUCGACCUGGUUCCUGUGUAAUAUUGCAACAUUGUAAAAAACUAUAUUCUUUGCUACUAAAUCAGCCGUUACAUGAUGUGAAUAGGCUAUACUUGAGUCAAAGCCAAUGUGGUUAUCUUAAUCGAAAAGUGCUCAUUUGCUGCCCCGAUCAAAAUAGCACGCCACUUAUACUGACACAAGCUACUGUAAAACCAAUCAAAUUGGAGCAAGGUUUCAAAAAAGCUGUAAUAUUGGACAAGAUUCCGAUGGAGUCCACAAAAACAAGGAAACUACCACGUCCCAGCAAAUGCGGACAGAUGACGUCAAGCCGAAUUUAUGGUGGCAAUGCGACCAAAAUCGAUGAAUAUCCUUGGAUGGCACUAAUAGAAUACACAAAACCAUACGGUCGUAUUGGCCAUCACUGUGGCGGCUCGCUUAUCAGCUCCCGCUAUAUUGUCACCGCCUCGCAUUGUGUUAAUGGCAAAGCCUUGCCCAAGGACUGGUUGAUUUCCGGGGUACGUUUGGGUGAAUGGGACACGAAAACAAAUCCGGAUUGCGAAGUUGAUGUGCGUGGUGAGAAAGACUGUGCGCCACCGCAUAUCGACGUGCCCGUGGAAAGUGCCAUACCACAUCCUCGAUACGAUCCGAAUUCGUUGAAUCAAAUUAACGACAUUGCGCUCUUGCGUUUAAAGAAUGCAGUUACAUUCACCGAUUUCAUACGACCCAUUUGCCUGCCAUUGAACGAUAAUUUACGCACCGCCACAUUUGAUGAAAUCAUCAUGGAUGUGGCCGGUUGGGGUAAAACCGAAUCAAAAUCGAACAGUAAUGUUAAAUUGAAAGCCGAACUCGUUGGAGUGCCGCUGGAGAAAUGUCGCCAUAUUUAUUCACCGCAAAGUAUUUUACUAGACGCCACACAAAUGUGUGCUGGCGGCAAGAAAGGGGUAGAUUCUUGUCGCGGUGAUUCGGGUGGCCCACUCAUCGGUCUGGGCACGACAGGCAGAGGACGUACAUAUUACUUUUUGAUUGGCAUUGUUUCUUUUGGACCGACGUCAUGCGGACUAGAAGGUUGGCCAGGUGUUUAUACCCGCGUAGGACAUUUUGUCGACUGGAUACAAGCAACAGUUGAGUAUUAAGUAUAGUAUAUGUACAAAAGAAUUUACAUACAAAGCGAUUAUUACGCGGCGUUUGUUUGUGCACAUAUGUAUGUAUGUAUACACACAAGUGUAAAUAUAGAAAUUUAGAUAAUGCACGUAUGUAGGUGUGCGUCAAGUUUCUAGUCUAGCUUAGGUCACUAGAUCUUUUCAGUUUAAGAAAAGUACCUGGAUUUUGUGAUGUUUCUUUUAUCAUUGAGACUAAUGAUUUGUGCGCAAUUUAGCGUUUAGUUUGAAAAGGUGUGAAGUAAUGUCAAAUAUGUUGUUGGUAAAGAGAAAAGGUAUGCCAUAUGCAAAUUAUUUUAGGGGUGUACAAAAUCGAUAGUAGACAAGGGUUCGGAGAGUAAUGACUUUUUUCAUAUAUACCGUUUGCUUUUUAAUAAAGAUUAAAAUCAUUAUUUAUUGACUCUAGUAGUCGUAAAAU